GACGGAGGGGGCGGGACUUAAGCAUGGGGGCUCCAAACGGUGCAGGCUGGGGGGCGGAAAUCAGCAACAGAAAGGGGCGGAGUCCGAGGACCUGGUAUUAGGAAAGGGGGCGAAGCUGAAGGCUGGGAUGCCGAGAGGAGACGCGGCUCAGGUGGGAAAGGAGGCGGUUCUGAGGCCUGCGAAGUGGCGGUGCCGAGGGUACAGUGUUGGGAAGGGGGCGUGGCUAGGCUGCGAUAGUUCACCCCCAUCUCCAGGAGGCGGGAUCGGGGAGAGGCUGUGCCUGGAGAGUUCUGAAGGGGCGGGCCCUGAGCCGGUCCUUCGGCGCCUGGAGGAGCGGCUGGACACGUGGGCACCCGCCGGCCCGGAGGAGCCCCAGACUGGAGCCGCGGCGGCGGCGGAGCCUGGGCCCAUGCUAGUGGUAGAGGUAAAGGCCGGGCAGCCUCUGGUGUGGGGCGCUGAAGUGGCUCAGACUUUGCGGGAGCGGCUAGGAGUGGGGGGCCGGCCCGUGGGCAGCUUGGCCCGGGGACCCCGGCAGAAUGCGCGCCUCGGCCUCCCAUUGCUGCUGCUGCCGGAGGAGGCCCGGCUGCUGGCGGAGAUCGGCGCCGCCAGGCUCGUCACAGCCCCGCGAACAGACACCCGGCAGCAGGCCCAGGCUGUGGCUGCUUACCAUCAGGAGCUGGAGUCUGGAUUCCGGGAGCAGCGAGCCCUGGCAGAGGAGGCCCGCCGGAGGAGGCUAGAGGACCUGGCCCAGCACAUCGCUGAAGGCCGGGCCAGGAAACAGCGGGCACCUCGGGAGGUUGAGCAAGGAGAGGAGGGAGGUGAGGUGGGCAUCCAGGGGGCCUCUGGGGAAGGGCCAGGAGUGCCUUUGGAGCAGCACUCUUCCCACCCCCUUUCUCCCCCUUCUCCAGGGCCCCAGCCCCCUUUCCCAGAGACUGCAAUGCUAGUCCAGCUGCCCACAGCCUGCCCCAGACCCACCUGGGCCAGGCCCUUGGACUGGCACCAGCCAUCACCAGAUUGGCCCUACGCUGGAGACCCAAGGCAUGAGCUGCGGUACCGAGUCUACAAGGACCUGUGGGAGAGGGGUUACUUCCUCACCUCUGGGGGCAAGUUUGGGGGUGACUUUCUGGUCUAUCCAGGUGACCCCCUUCGCUUCCACGCCCACUUUGUGGCUCAGUGCUGCACCCCUGGGGACCCCCUCCCACUGCCAGACCUUGUCUCUGCUGGCCGCCUGGGGACCAACGUUCGGAAGACUCUGCUUCUGUGCUCCCCUCUGCCCGACGGCUCCGUGGCCUACACGUCUCUGCAGUGGGCUGGCCUGCCGUGACCAGUGAAGGCUUGGGGAAGGAGCCUUUGUCCAGAGCUCCUGAGGGACCCUGCCCAUGGAGGCCCUGCCCCUGUGCGGCUCCUGUUCCCUCAUCUAUAACUGGGACAUCAAGGAUCUGCCCACGCUGGAUGACAUGAAUGGGCCUAGCCGCCAGUGCUGGGGAAGGAGAGUGGAGGGCCACCGCUUAUUUCAGUGGAAUAAAAACUGGCCGAGUGCUGGA